AUGGGCUUCUUCAUCAGGCUUCAAGUACUAACUGUGGCAGCGUGCCUCGUCUGUCUCGCUUACACCAUCGUAAACCCUGGCGUCUCGAGCGAGGAAGAGUCGAGUCAUCGCUUUCGGACGUCGCGUCGUCCGGUCGAAGCGCCUCGACGAGCCGCUGCUGCCCGUUCCGGUCCCUCGGCAGAGGCCGUGCUCUGCCGCAACUGCUCGCCACCGACGCCGACUUCGAUAAAGAGCAGCGAUCCCGAAAAGUCGCUGGGAAAGCCGCUCUUUCCCUACCGCAUACUCUGGAACGUCGACUACCGGUGCAACAGGGACGACCCGUCAAAGCCGUUCCACUACCUGGUCGCCGUCAACUCGCUGCCGGAGAACUACGCUCUCAGACAGAUCAUGCGCGCCGAAGCCUGGGAACAACUGGCGCGGCCGAGUAGCAAGGGCAUGCUCUUGCUCUUCUUCCUGGGCAUGCCCCGGUCGCGCCGACAGAAGGCCAAGCUGCGCUCCGAGAUUGCGCGCUACGGUGACAUCGUUGUGGGAGACUACUACGCGACUCCCGAGAACUCCACGUUGACCAGCCUCAUGAUCUUCAGGUGGACGUCGAAGUUCUGCCGGCGGGUCCGCUUCCUGGUCAAGGCCAACGACGGCGCCCACGUGGACUACCGCUUCCUCCGGGACUCGUACGACUUCUUCGUGGAUCAUUCGAUGGACUAUGAGAUGUUCGGCUCGUUCGUGUCGCUGGGAGCGAGGACCUGCCAGGAACCGGCCGACGACAGCGUCGCGUUACGUAACUGCAGCGGGGUCCUCGGUUACCUCGUCGGCUGCGCGUACGUCCUCACCGCCGACGUGGUCGAGCCGCUCUUGUACGCCUCAGCCACGGAGCAGUCGCCACCUACGCCGCCCGAGGACCUCUACGUGACGGGCACCCUCGCAGACAGCGUCAGCGCUCGCCGCGCCGAAGUGGCUCACUUCGAGGGCUGUUACGUUGCCUAUGCGAAGAAGGCUAGAAUCUGGCAAGGGGGUCCGCUCUAUUGGCUCAGGGACCACAUCCUUGCCUUGUGUGCGAGAAUCGACCGCGCGCUCGGCACGAAACUCGGCCGACGGUGUUUUUCGAUCCUCUUCUGCUUUGUGUGCGUGUGCGUUUACCUGCGUUUGACCCGGCAGAGAAUGUUUUAGUUUUUUCGCUUACAAAGGCACUAUCGUCGACAUUCGGUCUCAGAUGCAACGAUUGGGUACUCCUUCACGACAAGAUGAUGCAACUUAUGAAGACGACAUACGCCAUCUUAGAUACCUGCUAAUUGGCCUCCAAUA